AUGCCGCCAAAGCAACUGUUCGACCCCUCCGGAUUGACCCGACUGAAGACCCUCGAGCUCUCUGGCGAUGCAGGACGCUUUGUAAUGCCACUGGCCCUGUGGUUCCGCGCCAUUCCCAAGCUUCUUGGACUCGAACGUCUGGUCUUGAGAGACUUGGACAUUGUGCUUCGAAACUUCGCAGACGCCAAUAUACCCGCCUUGGGGGUCACGGAUCUGUGUAUCUACAACUGUCCCAUUACCUCGGGCAUCAGCGUCAUCGAUUUCUACAAACAAGGGGACUUCUUCCAAUGUUUCCCGGCACUGCGCACCCUUACCAUCGGUAGGGUGGCGCCGGAGCUCUCGCGCGACGCCCAUGCCUUUGCGCCGUUUGUAGAUACGUUGGAGACGUUCACUUGGUUCGACACAGGAGCCUCAUCGCGCUGGUGGGCAAGGGCCUUUUCGAUAUCGAGGUUCCCCAUACAGGCGCGUGGACUCAGAGCGGCGAAGCACCUCAAGGUUUCAAGUCUACUAGAGCUCAUGUGCGGCGACAAUGAGGGCUGCGCGUUUUGGAAGACUGUCGAGACCAUUGAGCUUCUUGAGGAUGGCUUCGAUCUGAGACAUGUGUCUCGAGUGCUGACGAAAGAUGGGAGAUGGAACAGGCUUGAUGGAUCUCCUGCCCUUGACCCGCUGCGCUUUAGGCCUAGCCCGGGAGAGAUCGAGACGCUGCUCAAGUUGCCGACCCCAGAAGAGUACGAGACGCUGCUUAAGUUCCUGCUGAGACAGUGCCUGGAUGUGUAUCAGCAAGUCCGAGUUCUUGACAUCGGAUCAUUGAUGUGA